AUGGACAUGAGCACGUUCACCCUCGAAUCCGUCCACUCGAUCAACAGCAGCACAGGAACGCAUCAUGUGGUGAGACUGAACAGGCGCACAUUGAGCCUAUCAGAUUCAUUCUACCCACUCGAUCCCACACGCCGUGCCGUUGUCGUGCACGGAUGGGGCCGCCAUCUUUAUCGCACAAUUUCAGAAGUCUCCUUUUCGAGAGUCGUUGCGGAAGAGGUUUGCGCACACCUCCCUUUGUUCUAUUUUCUGGUAUUUGAACCCGACUUUGGCAUGGAGAAGAACUCCCUCGUCGAAUUACUUUGGCUCUGUUCUGCACUCCGAGAGAAAAGAGUGAUUGCAAAAGAUGCGAGUGACAUAUCAUCUCCCUACGAGGUCGAUUUUGCCCCUCCGAUACAUGGCCCUUUUGGUGUGUUUAGAACCGUUUUCAAGGAAAGAGACGACCGCCGCGAUUUCAGGUGUGCAUCACAUCUGAAAUAA